UUAGUUAACAAGUGAAAUAAUGGGGAAGCGUGCAGUGGGAAUGCCGAGAGAAAAGCACAAAACCCUAUUGAGGGCUCUUGGCCGCUUGCAGCGUAACCGUCACAUGGCCGCAGCACUCGCGGGGCCUAUUUAAGGAGCCUCCGGCGCGCCUUCAGCACCACUUCGCUGUCCACGCAGCCACGGGAGAGCAGGCGCGCACAUCCCCAAGCAACAGGCUCCAAGCUUCACCCACGACUUGCGUGCUCGUCCGCAACCAUGCCGAGGUCUUUUCUAGUGGAUUCGUUGAUUUUAAGGGAAGCCAACGACAAGGGGAGCGAGAACAGCCCGCCUCUAUUCCCCUACGCUGUGCACUCUGCCGGCCACCACCCGCACGGGCUGCCGGGCUCCUGUCACUCCAGGAAGGCCGGGCUGCUCUGCUUCUGCCCGCUGUGCAUGGCCGCCUCCCAGCUCCAUCCAUCUCCACCGGCACUCCCGCUCCUCAAAGCCUCCUUCCCGGCAUUUUCCUCACAGUACUGCCACACGGCCCUCUCCAGGCAACACUCCUCAUCCAACAGCAUCAACCUCGGCCACGGAGCCGCCAUGUACCAGGCCGCCUACACGGUCCCGGACCCACGUCAGUACCACUGCAUCUCUAUCGAAAGCAGCAACAGCAAACUUCAGAGCAGCAAACGUAUGCGCACAGCCUUCACCAGCACGCAACUUCUGGAGCUGGAGCGGGAGUUCACCUCCAACAUGUACCUGUCCAGGCUCAGGCGCAUCGAGAUCGCCACCUACCUCAACCUGUCCGAGAAGCAGGUCAAAAUCUGGUUCCAGAACCGACGGGUGAAGCACAAAAAGGAGGGCAAGAGCGGCUCAGGCGGCCCAAGGACUGGCACGCACGGCUGCAAAUGCUCGUCAGCAGCCAGAUGCUCGGAGGAAGAGGAGGAUGACAUGCCGGUGUCCCCUUCAUCGUCCUCCGAGAAGGAUGAUGUGGACUUGUCCGUCUCCCCUUAAAACUCCCUUCUGGAGGAUUUAAAAAAAAUACAAGCCAAAAAGACUGUUACACUUGUGUACAUACAAAGAGAAUAUUUAAUCAGGCUAUUGUCCUGAAUUAUUGUAUAGAUCAGUAUACAUGUUGUACGUUUUGUAUGUAGUUUUUUUCUGAAAACAGUCGAUUUGUUGUGUAUUUGGAAACCCAAAUGAAAACAAGAACACUGAGUAAUAGCAUUCAGUAUUUGGGUGUAUUACGGGAUGCAAGAUGGGGACACAUUUCCCUAUGAGCCCACCCUUCAAAUGUUAUAUUCAGUGUUACUGCAAGAAUAUUUAUUUAUUUAAAAAUGUUGAAAUAAAAACAUAUUUCUGAA